AUGGUGGAUGAACUGUUGUCGUGGAAGAUUGACAAGACUUACAACUUCGAGAUACCCACGACUGAUGGCGUCGCUAAUAUCAAAGUUACCACCCGACAUUCACCUCGAAAUGUUGAAGAGUACUGGGUACUGCGCCAAGUCGACUUUAGUCAGGUAGGCGAGAAUGUGGAAGAACUCCAUUACAAGCUCAUACGAUAUCACACUGGAAGUAUGACUGAUGUCGAAACCUGUCAUUGGGGCUAUGAGAAGGAGUACUACACCGCCAUAUACCAAGCAGACAUCGAACCCUGGCGAGAUAAUAACAUCGUUGAUGAUAAUCUGGCUGUCUUUCGGGUCACAAGAAGGUACCGCUACCCUUUUCCGUUGAGUAAUCGCGUAUUUUUCCAUGCUGGAUACGUUAGUAAACGGGAUCAGGAGCUGCUCGUUGUUCAGCUCCCCCUCCAACCCUAUGGCACCAAUAACGAUACUGUCGGUCGUUAUAAACUGGUGGACAGAAUCCGGUACGACCCAAAGAAAAAGCAAUUGACUUGGGAGUUUGUAUCAGCAGUGCAUCCAGGGGGACUCGUCCCCGACGCUCUCAUGAAAGUAGCCCUUCCAUCAAUUAUUGCGCGCGAUGUGCCCGCCUUCUUUAAGUGGGCAUCAAAGCAAGACUAG